AUGUUUGGACCUGCACACGUGGAACCACAUACUUUCAACCGGCCAUUUUUAUCCAAGACGCUCAGCUGUGGAGGCAUGCAUUCCCACCGUGGUCGGUGGUGUGCAGAGGGGCCCUCCGCAGUCAUGGCUCUGCUGUCGUACCUCAAGAGCCUGUUCAUCCUGCAGCUGCUGAUGGGCUUCGUGUUUGUGGUGAGCGGCCUCAUCAUAAACUUCAUCCAGCUCUGCACCUGCGUCCUGUGGCCCAUCAACCGACAGUUGUACCGCCGCAUCAACUGCAGACUGUCCUACUCGCUGUGGAGCCAGCUGGUGAUGCUGCUGGAGUGGUGGUCGGGCACAGAAUGCACCCUCUACAUGGACCAGGCCACGGCAAACAAAUUCGGCAAAGAGCACGUCAUCGUCAUCCUCAACCAUAACUACGAGAUCGACUUCCUGUGUGGCUGGACCAUGUGCGAACGAUAUGGAGUCCUGGGGGCUUCAAAGGUGCUCGCCAAACAUGAGCUGCUGAAGGUCCCUCUGAUUGGCUGGACGUGGUACUUCCUGGAAAUAGUUUUUUGCAAAAGAAAGUGGGAGGAAGACCGAAAGACUGUUUUUAGCGGACUGAAUAGACUCAAGGAUUAUCCAGAGCACAUGUGGUUCCUGUUGUAUUGUGAGGGCACACGGUUCACGGAGAAGAAGCAUCAGAUCAGUAUGGAGGUGGCUGAGAGCAAAGGCCUCCCGAAGCUCAAAUAUCACCUCCUGCCGCGCACCAAGGGCUUCACCACCACGCUGCAGUGUCUCAAGGGGACAGUAACUGCUGUUUAUGACGUAACCCUGAACUUUAAAGACAACCAAACCCCGACUCUGCUGGGCAUCGUCCACGGCAAGAAGUACAAAGCAGACAUGUGUGUGAGGCGUUUUCCUGUGGAGGAGAUCCCCGAGGACGAGCAGGAGUGCGCCAGCUGGCUUCACAAACUCUACCAGGAAAAGGAUGCCUUACAAGAAAACUACAACAAAGAAGGCAAGUUCCCCGGGCCCACGAUAAUCCCGCCCCGCAGGCCGUGGACGUUAUUAAAUUUCCUGUUUUGGGCGACGCUGCUGCUUUCGCCCCUCAUCAAGUUUGCGUGCGGCGUGUUCGUGAGCGGGUCGCCCCUCCUCAUCAUCUGCUUCCUCCUCUUCCUCAUCAUAGCUUCUAUAGCCAUCCGCCGCCUCAUUGGUGUCACAGAGGUUAAGAAAACCGGAUCUAGUUAUGGCGAUCAGGAAUCCAAGAAGCAAAACUGA